AUGAUUUUACCAAUGUUAAAAAAUAGUAAGACAAAAUGUCAACGUAUUAAACGUGGAUUAGGAUCUGGUUUAUUCCCCCAUUGUGUUAUAGAUAGUGAGAAAUUAACAAGAGUUGUGUCAUUAUUAGAAUCAGAAAAAGAAAAUCGUGAGUUUGAAAUUUUAACACAGAAAGCAGCAAAUAAUAUUUCAAGUCCUGCAUCCAGUAGUACCUGGCCUUAUGAAGAAUAUAAAUCUCAGGUUCAACUCCCAUCUCUUGAUGACCGAUCACGCCAUCUCAGUACCAUAGAGGAUGUCAGCCGGGAGGAAACAGGGCUGAAAGUGCUGCCACCUAUUGGACAAGUUGAAGGCAUACCAAGUUUAAAUGUUGCUCCCCCUACGCCUAGAGAAGCUGUAACAGAUAGGGUGACUCAGACAUCACCAUUAGACAAUGGAGAUGGCUGGGCUUCUGGGUUAAAUGAAGAUUCUCUGUUAAAACAAGGGAACCAAACAGACAGACUGCAUGGCCAGGUACAGAGUGACAGUGAUAAAACUAAACUUCCUGCCAUUACAGUCCCUAAAGGUCCCUUUCAAGCCCAUUUUGCCAGUGAUACAGAGAAUGUUACUACAUCCCGUCAUGCUCCAGGCAAACCUCUACAGAAACGCCCUUGGGGUGGCUCUACUCAAAGUCUCAAAAGUCUUCCAUCAAAACGAAGCUCUGGUAGCAUAAUAGGUGAUGGUUCAUUGAAAGGAAGUUUAAUAGCGGCACCUGGUGGUGAAAUAGUUCGUGUUGGUGGAUCAGUGGCUCAGUCUAGUAGUCAUGGUGAUGUGGCAAAUCUGAAUGAUGUCACACCACGUAGAACAUCAGUAUAUCACAUCACAGAUGAUUCCGAUGCAGAGGAAGUAGAGCAAGCAGAGCAAUGGCUGACAUCACAACGCUCAGACAAGCAUUUCACCUCAACUUCGGGUUUCUAUGGUUACCGUAGAAGUCGAGGUUUGUCUAUUGGUGAUUUGGAUGCCAGCAUGUCCUUAAAAAGUUUCAGUUUUUCACGGAAGGAUACAGAUGAGGAUGUAGCUUCUAUAUCAAGUUUUGUACCUCCAGUAUUGAAGUUGGAAGAAGAUAAAGAUAUUGUUGAAGUAGACCAAAAAACAGAACUUAAAGAUUGGGACAAAAUUACAGAGUAUCCUGAACUGGAGGGAAUUGAAACCAACCGCAGUCAAGUUAUCACAGAUAAUAGCAAAACCCCAAGUCCAAAAAAAUCUGUCCGAGUGGCCACGCAAGCCAGUGAUACAAUCCAAGAGAUUGCCGAUGUCAAUUCUGUCCAUUAUGAAAGUCCAAAUCUUGAGAGUUCAAAUGACUCUAUUCAAAGACCUCAAGAAUCCAUAGAAGAUGAUGCUAAUGAUGAAGCUUCCAAAAAGGAGAUGAUGUCCAAAGAUGCUUCGAUAACCAUGGAGCUACCAGUACCUCGAAUUGAACUGGAACCGAUUCCAAAAACAGAAAUCGUAAUAGAUACCAUUGUCAGUGACGCUUACAAUUCAUCUGGAGUAGAAUCAGGGUCCUGGUCAUACAGACAGAAAAAACUAACC